AUGUUUCCCAAAUGGACGGCCUCACGGGCGGUGGUAAGUCACCGCCAUCUCACGCUCAAGCUCCGGCGGCGGCCCAUCAUCCCCGCGCGUCCCAACCCCGUCGCAUUCGCCCCCGACGCGUCCGUUAGGCCGAAGAUCGCCGAGGGCGCCGCGGCGGUCACACCGGACGACCUCACCGGCGUCGUUUCCACCGCGUGGCACCCCACGCGGGCGAUUUGCGCUUGUUCCGUGGGGCGACGCGCGUACGUCCUGGACGGCAUCACCGGCGCGAUCCUCAAGCAGUGCCGCCUGCCGAAGCCUUGCUCGCACAUGGCGUACUCCCCGCCCCGGCUCGGACCCCCGAAGCUCGUCGCCAUCUUCUGCGACGGGUCCCUGUGGUCCCUGGAGGGAUUCGACCCGACGGAGGCGGCGAGGGGCGGGGGAAUCGGCGACGGCGCGACGCGUUUCCGCAGGCUGCACGCGCCGACGGUGAAGGACAAGCGCCUGGCGCUGCGAAGGAACGCACGGGGCACGAUGGCGUUCUGCGCGUCACCCAACGGCCCGGGCGCCGAGCCGUUGUGCAUCUUCGCCGUCGUCGGCGAGAAGGAGCUCCGGUUCGCGACGAUACGUCGCCCGGGAGGCGGAAACGAUGGAGCGUCGUCGGGCGGAUUCGCGGAUAUCUCGCCAGCCGUAUCGCCGACGUCGCCGCUCUCGAACGCGUCGGAUCGAACGUCCGAUCGAACGUCCGCGGCGCACGAACCGCCCGUGAAACUGCGCGGCGAACCCAAGAAGACGCCCAUCGCGUUCGUGUGUUCGCACCCGGACCUGUCGCCGAGGAUAUGCGCGGGAUACGUCGACGGAACGGUUCGCGUGUACGACCUCGCGACGUGCGCCGUCGCCGCGGCGUUUAAGAUCCCGCCUCCGAUCGGCGCCAAGCGGGGCACCGCCGCGCCGACGUGCGCCGUAUGCGUCAGGCUCCCGCCGGCGCGUCAUCAUCACGGCGGGGGAGGUCAUCACGGGUGGGAAGGGGGCGGUCACGGCGCGGGCGGGGGUACCGUCGGCGAAGCGGCGGUCGCGAUCGGCGACGCCACGGGUAGGAUAACGCUUUGGCCGAUGCGCCCCGGGUCGGUGUACGGCGGGACGGGGGGGACGGGGGGGACGGGUGGGGGAACUGGCGGAGGGUUCGGCACGGACGGGGGUUUCGGCUCGGACGACUUCGACGACGGUUCGUAUCCGGCGGACGGUUCAAGUUCCGACCCCCGAGGAGACGCGAAGGGCCGGAAAACCGCGGCGGAGAUGGUGGACGAGGCGCAGGCGUCGCCGCCGGAUAUGAACCGUCGCGGCGCGUGCCCCGUGAUCGCGCUGCAGACUUUACCAGCGAACGGCGGGAUCGUCGCGCUCGUCGGGUCCUUCGGGUCGGCGGCGGCGGACGACGACGACGCGGCGGAAUGCUCGACGCAGGCGUGGCGAGUCGAGGACGACGGCGGCUCGUCGUUUUACAUUCGCCUCGCCCGCGGCGGCGACGGUUCGUAUCCGCGCGUCCCGAGCUUACCCCCGUCCGCGACGAGGGCGUGCAUCGCGACGCAUCCGUCGCAGCUCAAGUUCUCCGCCGUCGCGGUCGGGACGGUUCAUAUCCCGGGCGAGGAGCGAUCCUGGGGCGAACCGGCAAAAAACGCGCGGGGAAAAAGAGGCUCGCCGCCCGCGCCGUCGCCACCGUUCACCGUCUUCAUCUCCGAGGGUGCCGGGUUGGUUCCCGCGGGCGUCACCGCUGAUGACGCGUUCACCUGCGAACUCGCGGCGGUGCGCGGCGUGGACGUCGAGGCGACGACGAGCGCGACGCCUCCCGCGAGGCACCGCGAGGCGUUCGCCCUGGGCGGCGACGCCGUGUGGGCCGUCGACCUGUCGGAGGGGCCCGGGGGUAAGAUGAAGACGCGCGUACCGAAGGCGGGCGAUCCCGACGUCGCAUCGAACGACGACGGUGGUGUUGGCGGGGGAGGGGGCGGGGGCGGGGGCAGAAUCGAUCGAUACGCGCGGCGGCUGGAGCACUCGCCGGCGUCGUCCGCUUUUCUCAUCGCCUCCGGUCCCGCCGGCGCGUCGUGCGAUAGGAUCGGCGCUUGGAAGGAAGGGGUCCCGUCGCCGUGCGUGCACGCGGGACGCGAUGCGACGUUCGUCGGUAACGCCGACGCGUGUUUCAGCGUGCUCAGCGUGGACGGCCGAACGCUCUCCUUAUUCGCCGUCGACUCGCCAAAGGCGCGAAUGGCGGCGUACGCGUUGGACGGAGAGUGCGACAGGGUGUUUCGCGGGCCGUCGCCGAACGCCGUGGCGUUCAGCGCGCUCGACUGGCCGGAUACGAACCGUCGCGAGCGGGUGCGAAGCGGCGCGAGCGCGAAGGCGCGUUCGGAUGGACCUCGGGGUUGCUUCGGCGUGCUUCACAACGUCGACGGGCGGGGACGGCGAAUGGAGGGGUACCUGACGCUCGAACCUCGCGAGCGGGUCGUCCGCGCACUUUUCCAGAGAGUUCCGGAGCUGCGGGACGUCGACCCCGACGGCACCCCCGCGGGCGCCGUCGCCGUGCUCACCUCCCGAUCGCGCCUUCUCCUCGCCGAGUACCGCGGCGGCGGGGAGAAGGGCGAGCCGUGCGUCAUGACCAAACUCUCCGAGACGCCUCCGGAUGUUUCCGUGGGUUCGUGCGCGUGGUUCGGGCCCGCGCUGGUGUACACCGAGUCGAACGGCGCGAUGGGGAUGCUCACGUGGCACGCCCCGAUCGACGGCGGCACGCACCGCGCCGGGUGCGUCCUGCCCCUGUGCGGCGGCGGCGUGGGCGCCGCCGCGGACGCCCACCACGGCGGGACGCUCUUGACGUUCACGGAGGACGCAGCCGUCUGCCUCCACCCGACGGGCGACCCGCCCCCCGCGCCGCCCGCGUGCACGUCGCGACCCAUCGCGUUCAUGGACGCGCUGUGCGUCGCGUGGGGAAGCGUGUGCGACUCGCGGAAAUCGCGAUCGCUCCCGGUGCCGCUCGACGGCGCGAGGCGCGCGGUGGCCGUCGCCGCGGGUCGGUUUGACGCCGCGAGGGUGUCGGCCAGGGCGCUUCACGCGAUGAGCACGUCGCUGGCGCUCCCGGGGUUGGCAUCUAACGUGGGGGCGCGGGCGACGCACCUGGGGGUGGGCGCGCGUGCCGGGGUCGCCGCGCGCGCGUACCGCGCGUCCGCCGCGGUGGAGAGCGCUCGGCUAUCCCAGAACCAGCCCGCGGAUUUGACGGUACCUCGCGACGCCCUCGCGUACUCGACUCCCGCGUCGUGCGAGGUUCGACCGGACGUUUUCGCGGCGAUGAGGGACGCGUCCGAGGCGGCGACGUUCAUCGGCGACGCGCGGUCCGCGUUCGACGCCGCCGCGCUGGCGGUCGGGGCGACGGGGGGUAAGGAUUUCGGGCCGUUGGUCCGUCUGUGCGAGCGCGGCGUGGCGGCGGCGGACGGCGGCGGCGGCUACGCGUCCAUCGAGGACGACGUUCGGCGCAAGCUCGCGGAGGGAUCCGCGGUGCGUGACGCGUGCCUCGAGGCGCUGGCGAGGCGCGCGCCGCCGACGAUGCCGCCGCCCGACGGCAUCGAAGCGCCAGCCGGGUUCGAGGUGACACUCGGAAGCAUGGCGGCGGCGGCUUUGACUCUGGCGACGGGCCGCGAGGCGGGCGUCGAAGCCGGCCUCGGGAAGGAGGUGUCGCGCGCGUCGACGCUCCGGCACGCCGACUGGCUCGGCGUGAGGGUUAAAAACACGGGGAACGGCGCGGGCGGGGUCGAGGGCGACGUUUCAGAUCCCGGCAUCCGUUCGCGUUAUAAUCGCGACGGGAGGGGGAUCGGGUACGACGGGUGGGGCUCUUCGCCGCCCGCGUCCAACCCGGCGUCGCCCGGCCGGCCGCCGACACACGCGCAGGUGGGAUUGGGAGGAACCGGCACGACGUUCAGACCCGCGGCGCCCGUGCAGCCGGCCGCGGCGGCGGCGACGACGGCGGCGCCCCCGAGUUUCGCUCCCGCGGCGUCGCGGCAGCCGUCGCAGCAGCCGUUUCAGCCGUUUCCCGCGGAAGCGCCCCCGGCUUUCGCGCCCGCUUCCUCGACGCCUUUUCCAAGCUCGGAUCCGUUUCGAGACGCGCCGCCCCCGGGUCGCGCGGCGCACUCGACCAACCCGGGUAACCUGUCCGUGUCGCUUCCGACCGGGGACGACGCCGAUCCGUUCGCGGCGCCGACCGUCAUAACGCACGGGGACCCGAAUCGGCACCCGCGGGUGCCCGAAUCGGCGUCCCAACCCCCGCGAUCGAGCGGCGGGUUCUCGGCGCCGGCGGCGGCGUCGGUCCCGCGCGCGGCCGCUGCCGGUUUCGAGGGUUUCGACGGCGCCGAGGGUUUCGAAGCCGCGAGCAACAAUUUCGAAGCCGCGAGCAACGCCGGCACGUCCCCCACGGCGCUCACGUCCCCGACCGCCACGACGUUCGCCAACAGGGCGUACGAGUGGGGCGGGAGUCAGUAUACCGGGACGUACUACGCCGGAACGACGGGGGACUGGCGCGGGUCGCAAUUCGGCGCGGGCGACGGCGCCGACCCGUUUGGUUCGUCUUCGGAUGGCGGCGGGUUCGGCGGCGACGAUUCGGAUCUUGAUUCAGACGACGAUUCGGACGAUCCGUUCGGCGAUCCGUUCGGCGACGUCCCCGCGGCGGCGAGCAGCAGCCCGCCGGCGGGUUUCGGAAGUUUCGGGGGUCACGGCGACCCGCCCGCGCCGCGUCAACCGCCGACAGCUGUGACGAACGCGAUUGGAACGGACGCCGGGAUCCGAACAGUCGCGAUGACCCCGCCUCCGACCCCGCCGCCGCCGCCGCCGCCGCCGCCUCCGCCGCCGCCACCGCCGAUGACGACGUCUACGACCAACGACGACCCGCCGAUCGACCCGACGCACCUCCCGACGCUUCGCGCCGUCGCCGCGGGCACCCGCGCGCUCGAGGCGUCAGACUACGACUUUGCGCAGACGGCGACGAGGAGGGCGGCUGUGGAGGCGCUGGCGCCCGAACGUGGACGGCGCACGAUCGUUCGCAAGUGCGCGGCCUACGCGCUGGCGUGCGGGAUCCUUCGGCACGCGAGGCGCCUGUGCGAGGUUCUCGCCGCGGAAGAGGGGUCGAGCGAUUCCGGUACGACCGACGGGGAUUCCAACCCGACUCAACCGGCGACCCGUCCCAAAAUCCCGUCCGUCGGUCCGCAAUCCCCGUGGAACGAUCCGAGCUCGCACCCGCGUUUAAGGCAAAUAGCGGUCGAGCUCGCGAGACUGGGCAGGCACCUCGCGGCGCUGCCGCUUGACCCGACGCACAGGUGUACAGUCACUCGGUUCGCGGCGGUUUGGAACUUUCGAGCCGGAAAUGUAAAAACGGCGACGGCGAUGCUCGGGUCGCUGGUGCUAUACGCCGGGACGAUCCCGAAGCGCGUGGACUUGGACUUUGAUCUGCUCGCGGUGGUGUCGUGCGCGGUGGCGGCGCGUGUGCGCGGCGCCACGCCGUUCGACGCGUUCGACGGCGGGCGUCCCGCGGAUGGAGAUGGAGUUGGAGAUUCAAAAUCGUCGAUGGACGAAAACGUGCCGGCGGGGGAGGAUCCCGCGUUGAUCUGCGCCGCGACGCUUCGGACGAUAUCGAGCGGGACGGAGGCGACGUGUGGAGUGUGCGGGGCGACGCACGGGAGCGACGCGGCGGCGGCGGCGGCGGGGGCUGGGCCGAAGUGCGCCGUCUGCGACAGUCCGAUGGCGUGA